AAAGAAGAAGAAAACUCGUGGAAAAACAACUUGCAAGGAGAUUUAUGCAAGGACUAUGGAACAGCGGGAAGAAGUCACUUUUGAUAUUGGACAGCUCGUAGGACCAACCGACCAAAGUGUUUCUAAUUUAACUAGUUUUGUUGGCACUAUUGGUAGAAAUAAGAGAUUCGUUAGCCUUUUGUACACUAGUUGGCAUGAUGUUUCUCCUAAAGCUAAGAAGUUCAUGUGGGACUAUGUUAACACCAAGUUUAUCCUCCUAGACAGUGGAGAAAAGUGGGUAAUGCAAGCGAUUCGAGAUGCUUGGAAGCGGUUCAAAGGAAAGAUUAAGCAGAAGCACUUAGUUCCCUAUGAUACCAUUGAAGAUAUGGUGAAGAAUCGACCCCCACAAGUACCAGAAAGUGGAUUCAUAAAAUUGAUCUAUUAUUGGAGCCAUUCUCUAAUCCAGAUAAAGGAUUGGAGGUUUGCAAAAUUGUUACGACGAGAAGAUAUGUCACAUUGUGAAAAUGUGAACAGGCAACACAAGGAAAAACAGAAGUUUCCACAUCGCAUGGGGCCAAUCAAUUUUGGAAGAGUACGAGUGGCUAUGCGAGCAACAAAGGAAACAAAUGAGGAACUAAAAAGGUUUGAGAUGUUCAUUGCUACCCGAAAAAGUCGGAAGAGGAAAGAAGUGGAUGAGGAAACACAGACUACUGUUGAAGACUUCCAACACCGUCAAGCUGCUGGUGAAACAGAAGAGGAAGCAUUUGAGGCCUUAUUUGGAAAAGAACAACCAGGUCGGGUAAGGUUGUAUGGAAGAUCUAUGACAAAAAGUGAUUUGAAAAAAUAUGCUGAAAUUAAUGAAAUCAAGAAUCAGCACAAAGAGGAAGUGUCCAGUCUGAAGGAUAAACUUGGACACAUGGAGGCCAAAUAG